CUGCCCUGAACGCACCAUGCAUUAGCUGGGCGGAAGUUACGAGCGAGAAGAAAUGAGCCGGUGUUUUCACCUCAGAAGACUUUUUCAAGACUAAAUUCUCAAGAGUUUCGUCAUCGUACAAGAACAGAGCAAAGCCAUGACCAACAUUCAGAUCCGGAAGUAUCGGGAUGAAGAUGCUGAAAUUGUGAAGGAGAUCUUCACAUUGGGGGUGAGUGAACAUGUCCCUUCGACCUUUACCCACAUGCUCAAACAGCCGCCCACCCAGAUGGUGCUCAUGUGCACAUUCUGCGCCCUCAUGGCCAGCUCCAAGUCCUUCCUGCUCCCCAUCCUGGCCGUCACCCUCCUCCUGGCCGGAGCCCGGCAGCUGGUUGUCUACUUAUCCAACAAAUACAUCGAGACGUCCUGCAAGAGCGACCUCCACAACAUCAGGGAGACGUACCUGAAGCAGAAGGACUCGUGUUUCUGGGUGGCGGAGAGCGACGGUCGUGUGGUCGGCACGGUGUGUUGCGUCCCCAAUGAGACGGCGGCGGGUUGCUUAAGGCUGAAGCGCAUGUCGGUGCGUCGCAGUUACCGCGGGAUGGGCAUCGCCAAGGCUCUGUGUCGGACUGUAGCCGAUUUCACCCGUGACCGAGGCUACGCUGCCGUCAUCCUGCACACCUCUGUGGUGCAAACAGAUGCUCAAAAGCUGUACGAACACAUGGGCUACAAGAAGAUAAGAGAAUCUGUCGUUCCAGAGGUUUUGGCCAAAAUCAUGAACUUCACUCUGUUAGAGUACAGACUUGAUUUACAGCAGGACAGAAAAAGAGACUGAAAGGAACAUAAACACUGUGAUACAUUCAGGGUGAUAGUUUCCAUGCUCAGGUCAGCUGAUAACACCCACAUUAGGGGAACUAUUUACUGCGGUUUCCCUCUGAACAUCAACAUCGCGUGGGAACAGUCUUGAACUUCCUCCAAGAUCGUCUUCUUCCUGAUCCAGAACGCCGCUCUGCUCGCCGGCUUCGUCACCAUCCUGCUCAUCACCAUGUUUACAGGUGACAUCAGCCUGGGAUAGAAGAGACUCAAACUGCAGUACAACGAGGUCCUGAGCUGCUUCUGUUUCUGCUCACACAGCCGAGCAGGAAAGAGAAUGUUUUGUACGAACAAAACCAAAUGUUUAAGGGAGGAGAAAUGCUUUUAUACCUUUGGACUAUUGAUUUAGUGGGAUGUUUACUCCAUAAAAAGUGAAAAAAUCAUGACAAUAAAUUAUUUUUUCAGUCUUCA